GAAAUUUAUAAUCUAGUGUUUACUCACAUAUUUCUUUAAUCAUUAUUGUUUGUAGUGGUCACAAAAUAAUUAAUGAAUAAUGUCCAUUUUGUAACGAUCUUGUUACAAAAUAAUUAACGUCACAUUUUAACAAUGACGCUAACUAUGACAAAAAAAGUUAGCGAGAUUCAAGCAGAAACCGUGCAGUUUAUGUCCUUAGAAAAAGCAGAAGAUGAGAAUAGGCAAGAUGGGGAUUACAGUUCAGGCUCCACUCUUCUUCGACGAGGCAAGAAGCUGGAAGACAACAAUAAUUUAACCAAAGAAGACAUAGAAUAUGUGAAUUACCGCCAGUUGCUCAAAUAUGAACAGGCUCCUGAGUAUCUUCAGCACAAUCCUUACAUAAGAGAUGGAUAUAGGAAGCUAUUACCCACUAAACUAUGUUGGGAGAGUAUAUUCUGGUGGACUAACGAAACGAUGAACAUUUGGACUCACUUGUUCGGUUUCUUCCUUGUGCUCGGGCUGACAAUCAACGAUCUGGUCAUCAUUAACAUCCACGCCACCUUCACAGACAAAGUGGUUGCUGCCAUACUUCUCUCAUGUUUCAUGGUGUGCAUGGCGCUGUCAGCGCUAUACCACACGUUCUCAUGCCGCUCGGAGUGUGACUACCACGCGUUUUUGAUGUAUGACCUCUUCGGUAUCGCGUUGUCGCUGCUAGCUAUAUACACCUCCGGCGUUUACUACGCGUUCUGGUGCCACCAUGAGCUAAAGGCGUUCUACAUGGUAUCGGUAACGCUGAUCUUCGUGGUGGCGAUGGCGCUGCAGAUCCCUCGUCUGAACGUGCCUUACGCCGUGAAGAUGUGUGUGUUCAUCGGCUGGGCGGCGUACGGGGUGCUGCCCACGCUGCACUGGUGCUACGCCAUGGGCGGCUUCGAGAACCCCAUGGUGCAGAUGUUCUUUCCCCGAGUGAUAAUGAUGUACAUUAUAAGUGGAACUGCAUUCAUCAUUUACGCAUUUAAGAUCCCGGAGCGCUGGUUCCCAGGCCGCGUGGACUACAUCGGGCACUCGCACCAGUGGUGGCACGUGCUGGUCAUGGCCGCGCUCUACUACUGGCACAACUCCGGCAUGAUGUACGUGCAGUACCGCAUGAACCACGGCUGCGCCAACACCAUGCGGAUAUUCUGAACACUAUACCUAAUUUACCUAACCUACACUUCGCGAAGGAAAAUUUACUAUUAGAAACUAUGGUCAUCACUCAUCAUUAUACGCUCUCUUUAUCUCUCUCUCUGCUAGUUUCAGUCGUAGAAACAACGUAUUACAUAAUUAUUAUGAAUGGAUAUGGCGCGCCCUGUAUUCAGUCUCUCUGCUAGUUCAGUCGUAGAAACAGAAUGUAUUACACAUAAUUAUUAUGAACGGAUAUGGCGCGGCCUGUAUUUUUUUUGUGUGGCCUGUGAGUAAUAUAACCCGUUCACUGUUGUUAAUAUAAACAUGCCAUAAAAGUAUCUAGCUUUUAUCCUUAAGUCUGCUUCUCCUACUCUUGGUCAUUAGAUAUGCAGAUAAAUUCUAGACGACCUCCUUGAUAAAACUGCAUGGAACCCAUAAUUUUUUUUUACGUAACUCGCGUUUAGUGAUUGCGUUUAUAUUAUACUGGGGGCCGAUUUUUGAAUUUCGACCGUUCGAUUUCGUGUAUUUCGUUCAAUAGUUCAACUAGGCAUUUAAAAUCUACUAAUAGAAUUGAAAACGAGUGGUCAAUACCACUCGAUUCCCAAUUUCUAUCGCUUAUAUUUCUAAAAUUAGCAUUUCUGCGUUUUCCACAGAUUUUCGAGUGACGAAAAGCGAUCGAAAUUGAAGAAUCGCCCCCCAGACAUUCGUAUUCCUCUAAAAUUGUUCUUGUACAAUCUUUCUGCAACUAGUGCUUUUUAGAUGAUGAUCCGACGUAUUAAGAACCGCCGACGUAAUCUGAUAAAACCUUUACGGUGAAACGGUUAUAUGUACGUUGUCUUAGAUCAUUUGGGUACUAGCUUACUUAUAAAUAUUUAAAUUUACUAGGACUAAGGUUACGUAUUUACUAUUUAUGAGGGCGGUAUUCUCAGUAAAAUAGAAAUAAAAUGAAAUGAAAUGCUCAAGUAUAAAAUAUUUUAAUCAUUCCAUGGGACAUUCCUGAGGAAAAUCCUGAGAAAUUUGUGAUUUUAAGUGUACUUAAAAUUUAUAAGUAUAACACGUAAAUGUAUAUUGGUGCUGUUACAAUUUGAUUUCAUUGGUAUGAAUCUUUAACUUGGUUUUUAUCUAAAUCAUGUAAGAAAAAAAUUUUCUGAAAUUGUUUCUCGUAAACAAUCUCAGAAACUUUUUUUCUUUCAGAAAUCCAUAUGUAUACACCGACAAGAAAUAGUAGAAAUUAAAAAGUGGCAACAUCGUAGUGUCGUCCCGUUUUCUUAGAUUGAUUUGAAAGGGACGACACUACGAUGAUGCCACUUUUAAAUUUCUAAAAUUUCUUGUCGGUGUAUAUGAUGUCGACAUGCUUCUCGUCCUUUUGAUUUAUUUACUGUAUGUUUUCGUUAUCUGUGAUUUUUCUGUUUUGUUAUUAUUUAUUUUCUUAGUAGGAAAUUAUUGUUAUUUUGGAAUGGGGUUAUUAUAAAUUAAUUUAUAGAUACGUAAUAAAAUAUACAAAAUG